GUUUUCCUUUAUUUUCCCCUUAUUCACCUUGCUCCGUUCUUUCUGCCGCUUCUGAAAAGAAUAUUGACUCUAUACCAUAAAACGCGAAUGGCUUUCCCCUAUUUGCCUUUACCAUACCUCGGUCUCUAAUUUGCUUUUGGUUCGAUAGAAAUUUCCGACGACGUUCAACGUUCUACAAGGAUUGCCUGCUCGUAAGCCUGACAUGGCUUCUUAAGUGCCUUUUUUCACAAUCAAUCAUUUUGACGCCCAACGUUGAAAAUGAAUCCAAACAGCUCUCCCUCCACUCCAGGCGGAGCAAAGAGCAUUUUCGAUCAAUAUGCAUUCGACACUCGUUCUCAGCAUUCCGAUCACAGUGCACCAUUUGAAUCCGUUUCGAAUUCUCGCAGACCUAGUGCUCAACCAAAUACCGUAGGAGAAAGUCCAAGUAUACCUUUUGAUCAUAUGAUGACAAACGUUCAUCAAGACAAUAACGGAUCUCCGUCAAAUGAAAAUAAUGGUGAAUCAAGUUAUGCCGCGGAAACGCAAAGUAUUCGAAGUACUUCAAGUAGUUUACGUGACGCAUAUGCUGCCUUGAAAGGUGGUAUCUUUCCUCCUGGCGUACGUUCAAAACGUCAAAUUGGCGAAGACGAUGAUGAAAGUGAUGCAAGUCAAUACGACGAAGACGGUUACAGUUUUGAAGGAGAAGGUCCAUUUCAAAAACCCGAUUCACCAAUCAAACCAACGAUGGAUGCCAAUGCAGAUCCAUCGCAUGAUGUGUAUACCAACGCUCUCGAUUCACCAGACGUUCCUUUACGCAGAAGUAGCGUUUUGGAUUCCCCAGUCGUCGCUACUUCAUCUUUACGCCAUAGUGUGGAUCAAUCGAGCGCAAGCACCUCCAAUUCCGGUGUAUCUAAAAGCAAAGGAUCACUCAAUAAGGAAACGACAGCGCACGAUUCUGUAACUUCGCCAAACGAUCAUUCUCGAACUGGUUCAAUAGCUAGCAAAACAUCGAAUAAAAAGAGUAUGCAUACACGUCAUCAGCCUUCUAUCGGAGAAAGUCCUGAUGAAAAUAGCGCAUCUAUCAAAGGUUCACCAAGCCUGGAACAAGAAUCUGAAAAUGUCAAACAUCAUGAAGCACCAGCAGGAAUGAGUGAAGAGGAAUGGCAAAGGCAGCAUGAAGCUUCAGCGGCUGCAGAUCCCAAUCGACCCAGAACUCUAAAAGAAGCGAGAGCUUUGGCCAAAGAGCGUGCUAGAAUGCGCUUGAUGCAAACAAAAGGACCGGGCGAGACAGCUUCUCCUCCUGCUACACUUGGAUCUACGACAAUCUCUCCGCCUUCAACAAAUGAUGAGGUGGAGGAUCGUUCUCCUAGCUUGGAUUCGAAACAUAGACAAGAGCAUAGACAUGCACAGGUUAUUCCUCUACCAGCAGAAGCAAAACAUGAUGCUGCCGUCGUCAAACCUACUUUGGACGAUUCAGAUUCGCUGACCGGUACAAAGAGCGCAUUGGUGGAUAUGACAGAUCUACAAGCAGCAGUAGGAGAAGCUUUGGAAGAUGUCAGCUUCACCUCUAGUGCAACAUCGGCAACAGCUACAGGAAAAUUUGGCGAUUUGGAGAGGACACCGAUCAUUGGCUCUGUUGAAGCUUCAAGGGAUACAGCAUCAGCACGAUUAGACGGCAGUGCAACUCAUUCGCAAAGGCAAGGUAUCCCUCUUUCCGUUCCUUCUGAUGUGGAUAUGGAAUCGGUGACGCACUCAGUCACUUCAUUUGACUCUGCGCCUGAAUCACCAUCCAGUCGAGCUUCUCCUUACGUUUCAGCAGCCAAUCUUCCUGGAUCGCCGGCUCCCGUUCAUUAUUCAGAUGCAACAGAAGUUCAACCACCCGUCAUUCCAGUGAUCCAAGCUGCCGAUCACUUUAAACAACCUUCAGCAUUUGCCACUGCAGCCUCGUCACCACGACAACAACAACAAGCUUCGUUUAUACCUCAUGCAAUGCGAUCUCAACAAAGAAGCACUGCUCCCAACAAAAUUGCACGAUUGGAUGUUUAUGGUAAAACUGUUCCUUGGCCAGCCGCUUUUGAGCCCGCUGCAAUUAUUGAGCAAAAACGAUUGGCGCCUUGGGAGAGAGCGAGAAGUUAUGCUUAUUAUUGCAAUGAUUUGAUGAAUACGCCUACAGGUGUGAUGAUCUGGUUGGAGAUGGUACAAAGACCUGCACAACGAGCUGCGGCAGCUGCUGCCAAUUCAACGAUCAAACAAAUACAUGGAACGCCGAACAAGCGUCACCUGCGAGCAGAAGGAACAGAUGGUUCUGGCUAUGCUGCAAGCGUACGAUCGGAUGCCACUUUCCCUAUGCGUGGAGAUGGUGGCAAGGCAAAAGAGAUUGUAUCCCAUCAUCCUUCCGAAGCUGCCAUUCCUGAAUCGCCCACUGCUUUACCACAAUCGCUGCCAUAUCCGAUGCUCGCUGGUGCAAAUUCUACUUCAUCGCCAUCCAUUCGACAUCAAACUAGACCAUCACAAGAAGGCUUUUACAAUUCCAAUUUCCCGAGCAGUACAAGCUUUGGCGAUAAGCGUGAACCUCGGAAUUUCUUUUCAAAUUUAGGACGCAAGUCGAGCAUGCGUAAGACGCAAGGGACAGGAAUUGGACUUUCAUCUCUUAACAGCAAUAGUCCAUCAAAGAAUGUGAUGAGUAGUAUUCGAUCACGCGGAAUAUCCAAUCCUGCUCCAACAACGGGAUCGAGUCCAAAGAUUAAAACGAUACCGAUCGCGGGUAGUCAAUCGGUUGAUCAAUCGGUCAUUAGCCCUUCAAGUGCUGCAUAUAGUCCUACAUUGGUAUCUUCACCUGAUAUGUCAUCACAACAUAGCGUUGGAACACCGUUAACGUCCAAAGGAAGUGAUUUGCAUUCUCAAUCAGAAUCCAGUCACUCCCGUGGUCCUCAAGGCCCACGUGCCUUGGGUAAUGCUCCUUCUUACUUUGGUUCGUUGGGAAGUGGAAUGGGCCACAGAUCUGAUUCUGUACCAUCAAUUCGAACCAUUAAUCAUGAAGAAGGAAAGACUGGAUUGCAUGGGUUGUCGACGACGGGUGGAAUUUAUAGCAUCCCGGGAAAUGGAGGUAGCAGCUCGCAUUUGAAUGCACCGACGGACUAUUCUGCCAAUUCAUCUCCAACGAUGGCAGGCGGUAAUGGCCAAAGUGAUCGAAGAAGUCCACGUUCCAAUCAACAAUCAUUGCCAGCACUUACCAAUGUGAAGAAUUCACUUUCUUAUCAAAGUGUACGAGAUCCAAACAGGCGUCCAACACAACCUUCUUUACAACCACCUUUACGAAGUACAUCUGCACAUUCUUCCGAUUCGCAUUCAUCUUCCAUUUCGCACAACAAUAGUAAUAACAAUUUGACAGCUGGUGGGAACGGUACAGUGGCAGGAGGAUUUUCGCUUGGUAGAAGAAGAAGUUCAAAUCUUGCACCUUCAAUGACGCCCGGAGAAAGUGAAGCAUUGGAUAAACUUUGUGAUGUUUUGCCUGAUGCAGAUCGAACGACCUUAUUGGAUUAUUUAAGACGUGCAAACGGAAACGAUUUAGUGGCCAUUGGUGAUUAUUUACAAGAUCAAUCCAAAGUUGAACAAAGUCGUAGAAUGCGGUAAUUGGAAAGGUUCAGUGUAUGCCACUCAAAUCAAUGUAUUCAAUAGUACUCUGUCUUUUAUUUAAUUUGAUUCAUGUGCAAUAUCAUCAUCGCCUACCCACAGCCAACAAUGCCGAUUUGAACAGGUCUAGAGGAUGUAUUCCAAUGUGAAUGUGGAAAGCAAGCUGGAAUUGGCUAUCGACAUCAUGAGCAUCGCGCUUUCGAGCGACAGAGACGUGC